CAAACCGCUGCCAAACAUAACUAAACUUGUCAAAAAAAAAAAAAAGAGGCCAAAGUUCUCGUCUUUCAGCAAAGAAAAAAUAUAUAUGUAGCUAGCAAACCCACCAAGUCAUCGUGCCAAGCAAUAAUGUCUGCAUCCCCGAAAUUGGACGAGAAGUACCCGAGUGAGAAAAUCUUUCACCCACCUUCAUCUCCACCACCUCCAACUAAAAAAUGGCCUGCCAACCUUUCAGAAGUUAUGCUUUUGGAGCUAAAAGUGCAGAGGGGAAUUGCUCUUCCCUUGAUAGCCAUGAAUUUCGCAUGGUUUGCAAAACAAGCAAUCACGACAGCAUUUUUAGGCCGGCUUGGGGAGCUCAAGUUGGCAGGUGGAGCACUUGGGUUCACAUUCGCUAAUGUCACCGGUUUCUCUGUCUUGAACGGGCUCUGUGGCGCCAUGGAACCCAUGUGUGGUCAAGCUUUCGGAGCCAAAAACUUUAAACUGCUUCGCAAGACCCUUCUCAUGUCAAUCAUCUUGUUACUAUUCGCAACACUACCUAUAACGUUCUUGUGGCUUAAUGUUGACAAGAUUCUUAUCUAUUUUGGCCAACAAAAAGACAUUUCAAUUGUCGCAAAGAGCUAUCUUCUCUAUCUCCUCCCUGAUUUGGUAGUCACUUCAUUCCUAUGUCCACUCAAAGCCUACCUAAGCUCACAGAGCAUAACGGUUCCUAUAAUGUUUAGCUCCGCUCUGGCGUUAGCUUUUCACGUACCCAUCAACAUAUUACUUGCAAAAGCCAAGGGUCUUGAAGGAGUUUCAAUGGCAGUUUGGAUCACCGAUCUUAUGGUGGUGAUUCUACUUGCCUUGUAUGUGUUUCUGAUGGAAAAUAGUAAGGAGAUAAGGUGGAAGGAUGGAGGGUGGUGGGAUCAAGGCAUUAGUGACUUCCUCAGGUUGCUCAAGCUCUGCGGGCCAUGCUGCCUCACUACCUGCCUUGAAUGGUGGUGCUAUGAGAUUUUAAUGUUGCUCACAGGACGGCUAGCAAAUGCCAAGCAGGCAGUUGGAGUGUUGGCAAUAGUGCUGAACUUCGACUAUCUGCUCUACUCCGUGAUGCUAUCACUAGCCACGUGUGCAUCAACACGUGUGUCGAAUGAGCUUGGCGCAAACCGAGCUGGCCCUGCUUAUCGGUCAGCUUAUUGGACUCUGGCAGUGAGCAUCGUCUCGGGCUGCAUAGGUGGCUCGGUGAUGGUCGCAGCCAAAGGAAUAUGGGGACCCCUGUUUAGCCAUGAUAAGGGGAUCAUAAGAGGUGUGAAGAAGACGAUGUUGCUAAUGGCUUUGGUGGAAGUGGUGAAUUUCCCGUUAGCAGUGUGUGGAGGAAUUGUCCGUGGAACAGCAAGGCCAUGUUUGGGCAUGUAUGCCAAUCUUGCUGGGUUCUACCUUCUGGCUCUGCCUCUGGGUGUGGUUCUAGCCUUCAAGGCCGCACUUGGACUCAGCGGGCUGUUGAUAGGGUUCUUGGUCGGGAUGGUUGCCUGUUUGAUUUUGCUGUUGAUCUUUGUCACAAGAAUUGACUGGGAUGAAGAAGCGGGCAAGGCACAAUUACUUGCCUGUGAAGAAGACACCGUCAAGGUAGAUGGAAAGCACAGUAGUGUGGAACCAGUUAGUUAUGCCAAAAUAUGAGAAUAACUUGAAAAAGUAUUUGUAAUAUGAACGCCUCUACCAUCAAACACAAACGAAAAGAAAAUUAA